GUAUCCAUAAAAAAAUACAAAAAGCUAUUUGGCAGGAUAGAAAUGAUGAGAAAGUUAUUGGUGCUACUCUCUAACUCCAAUGGUGGAAACCAGGAUAACUAUAAAAUACCGUUUUCCAACGUGGUUGUGAUAGGAACUAGGAACUACUUUUGGGGUAGAAAAUGGCGAAAUGUGGACAUCCAAGUGGCAUCCUGGUUUCUUUUUGUUCAUAUACUUGCCCUUUUUGCACCAUUUACCUUCACAUGGGAUUCUUUUUUUAUUGCAUUUAUUGGGUAUUUGCUAACUGGAAUUUUGGGCAUCACUCUUUCCUAUCAUCGACUUCUAUCCCACCAUAGUCUCAAACUCCCCAAAUGGCUUGAGUACACAUUUGUUUAUUUCGGAGUCCUAGCAGCUCAGCGAGAUCCAAUAAGUUGGGUGAGUGCUCAUAGAUAUCAUCACCAAUACGUUGAUACGAAUAAAGAUGCACACUCACCCAUCAACGGUUUCUGGUUCAGUCAUAUGGGAUGGCUACUUGACAGUGGAUACAUGGUUGAAAAGUAUGCAGAUCGUAAAAAUGCUGAAGAUCUUAAAAAGCAAACGUUUUACAUCAUAAUGCAAAAAACGUAUAUGUUGCAUUUAUAUGGAUGUGGGGCUAUCUUAUAUGCUUGUGGUGGAUUUCCAUACCUUGUCUGGGGCAUGGGUGUUAGAAUAGUAUGGUUGUACCAUGCCACAUUUAUGUUGAAUUCUAUUUGUCAUAUUUGGGGACACCAAGCUUGGAACACUGGCGAUCUCUCCAAGAACAAUUGGUGGGUGGCAUUGCUUGUUUUUGGAGAAGGAUGGCAUAAUAAUCAUCAUGCAUUUGAAUAUUCAGCUCGACAUGGAUUAGAGUGGUGGCAAAUUGAUAUUACAUGGUACGUUAUAUGGUUUCUUGAAGCCAUAGGGAUAGCUACCAACGUCAAAGUACCGACUGAUGUCCAGAAGCAGAAAAAAUCAAAUUCCAUAAACACUCAAAUGAUUGAUAAGUUUUUCCCUAAAUAAAUUUUAUUAAUAAUAAAAGAGGUUUAUAAAUAUGUAUGUGUGUAAAAUAUGUAAAAGCUACAUAAGGGAGGUCAAUCAUAAUGUCCUAACUCCCAUAGUAAGGAAAAUGAUGUAUAUGUUAUUAUGUGUGAGUCUAAGAUUUCUAUGUUCACCUGUUUACAACAAAUGUCAUUUAUAUAGAGACAUAUGAAUGUGUGUAUUUGGAUUUUUUAGAGACAUUAUUCCCUAGUUUGAAAGGGUUUACU